AUGUCCUCCACGGUAAACUAUAGCGUGUACGGAAAACAUUACGCGAACGCUCAACAUUUAUUUGAAAGUUAUGCGAAUAAAACUAGUAAAGUCGGAUGGUAUGAAAAAUUCGACAAAAAAGUUCACCUUGCAUCAGGAGUACUCGCAAGAGGGGGUGAAACAAAAUUUUUAUAUAAGACGUGUAUUGCCAUCACGACCGAUGAACUGCUCGAGGUAGCCGAACAACUAAAGAAAGCAGCGCGCGUGCCAGGAGCAAGCAAUGAAUUCUGUAUUUCAGAAGGUACAGAUUACAAAGGUGACGAAACCAAAUUGGUUCUUCGUGACAGUGAUUAUCAAGGUUUGGUAUUAUUGCAUAUGAACGCAAAGAAAGCAGAUAUUGUGGUAGCUGACGAGGAUUCAGACGAUCCCGAUCCAGAACCCGUGAACGUCGAAGACGAUGAAGCUGUUGAAGAUGUGGAAUGGUUUGAUUGUUUCGAGAAGUUCUUUAUCUCUAAACGUGAUGAUUGGAAGAAAUUUGCCAAGAUUAUGUUGGCAAUUCAUCAGGAUGUCACACACCUCAACGAUGUUGAUCGAGAAUCAUUGAUUCCUCCUGCUGGUGAACCUCAGAUGCAGAAGCAGAUCGUUGGCCCCUCUACAACUUCUACAACGACCAAGGGUGGUGGAAAACGUGGUGCAGGUGGUAGUGGCGGUGGUACGCGCAAGAAAUCUCACCCAACCAACGCAGAGUUGUUCAAUCGUGAAGAACAGGUACGUCGUUUAAACCCCAUAUCCCCUCCACAUUCUCCUCUACGUUCUCGUAGUGUUCAGCAAGUACGCCCCUUGAAACCCAUACCCCCUCUACGUUCCCGUAGUUUGGACAACGAUCGAAAGAAAAAAUACAAUAGACCCCAAAAACAUGGUGUGCAAGUAACGUGGUCCGAGCCUUUAGUGAAAAAUAGUUAAAUUUAUAAAAUAAAUAUAUUUUUUUCUAGAAGUUACCGCCAAAAACGGCGUUGGCAACUAUUUUUCAAUAUAUGCUCGCGGGUAGUACAUUAGAAGAGACCGUUCUUAAGCAUUUAGAUGAAUUAAAUAGUGAAGCACCAUUCGAUUAUGUGCAGUUAGCUCGAGAUCAACCCGCCAUAUUGUUUGUGAUGUACGAAGCUAUUCAAGCUCAAAUGGGGGACGACGAGUAA